GGCGUGUGAUACGUGGAGUCGCAGAGAACGCUCGAUCCCACACGGCACUCCUUCGUUUUCCCCCUUUCUCCCAUAUCCAAGGACGCCAAAAAUGCCGAACAACGAUGAAGACCCCUGGUGGGCUCCUGACAAGCUUUACCACCUUCUCUUCUGCUUCUCCCUCACCAUCCUCUUCUCCUCCCUUUCGGCCCGUUCCCGCUACCCGUUCCUCCGCCGCCACUCCAUCUCUGUCGGAUCCAUACUCUCCCUACUCGCCGGUGUCGCCAAGGAGGCAGCUGAUCACCUCGGCUUCUUCCAGUCCUCAGGAGCCUCAGUCAAGGACGCUGUCGCUGAUCUAAUCGGCGUUUUGAUCGCUUAUCUCAUGCUAUUGGUGCUCGGGUUUUCGGGUCGACCCGAACACGAUACAGUCAAGGUCCGAGAAGUCUCGAUUGUUUGAGUGGGUUUUUGGGUCCAGAUAGUUCGUGUGGUGGAGUAUUUUUUCCGAAUGUGUUUGAACGGUGAGUUUGGUUUUGUUCGUGCUUUUGCUGCUCGGCUUCUCGUUCAAUCCGAUCACAACCCGCGUCUGGUCCGAGACGCGGGUAUUUUGUAGAGGUUGUUCGGGUUAUUGAAGAGAUGAAGACUUGUUUGGUUGCGACUAAGUCUGGGAAAAGGAGAGGAAAAAUAUGAGAGAGUUGAAUUUGGACUUUCGCGAUGUCCGUAUAUUUGAAAUUUAGAUAGAACAAAAGGCUUCAUUUUUAAGUGAAGGAUUUACGAGUGUUGGACAUAAUUCAGAUUCCAAGUUUCUGUUUUUGCUAUGUUUGGUUGCUGAGAGACGCAGAAAUACUAAAAAAGAAUAAUUUUUGGAUUUUGCAUAA